AUGGUUGACGUCGUCUCAAUAGUCGUGGCGUGCAUCUCGCUCGUCGGCGCAGUAUUGGCAGCAGCUUUCACAGCAUACUCCGCCUACCUCUCUGAUGAACGGAAACGCCAGCAGGAGCUUACGAAAUUCUUUGGCAAAUAUCGGGAUGCUCUACUGCUGGCAACGCAGGACCUGCAGUCACGUUUCUGCAAUAUCACGGACUAUCAUGUUAUGGAUUGGUAUCAUCGAGGUGGUCGCGAGAAGGAGAGUUUGCUCCUCUAUACUUCUUUCGUGGUAGGACAGUUUCUAUGUUGGAUCUACAUCAUACGGAAACAGGCUCAAUUCUUACAAUAUGAGACCGACAAAGCGACAAGGAAUAAGGACCUUACCAAGGCCAUGUCCAAGAUCACUUACGAAUUUGCCACAGACCAGUACGAUUCGGAUGGCAUGCCCUUUAUGCUAUGGCGAGGUGACCAGAUGUCGAUCGGAGAACUAAUGCUGGCCGCCGGCACUGGAGAGCCCCAUCCGAUGGGCUACAACGCAUUCCAUCAGAAAUGGACAGAAGGUGGCAAGGUCCCAGCAGCACCACAACGAAAUCCGGAGACCGGAGAAAUGGAGACACAUGCAGAACUUUGGUCAGGUCAAUUUCGAACGUGGUUCCGCCCCAUCAUCGACGGCGUAGUCAUGCUCGGGGAAGCGCAUGCGGCAAACAAUGACCUCGAGCAUCCCCAGGAAUGGAUCCCACUUCGUAACCAAAGGUUGAGGAGAUUGCAGCACCGACUUGUCGAUCUCAUGGACUUGCUUGAUCCUGAAGGUCUGCGCUCGGAGGCAAAUUGGAUGAAACGCUGUAACCGGGCUGUGGAGUGUGAAUGUCAAUUCUAUGCAAGAGAGGCAGGCAUCAAGUCAACCAAGGCGAUCGUCGGAGUCGUCGAACAGGCGUGUGCGGUCACCAGCACGGAUGAGGACGCCUUCACGACAUUGACAAAUCAUGUGGCCGAGCGUCAUCGUAAAUAA